AUCGAGUGCCAGCUCCGGAAACUAACAUCGUUUGCGCCUCACAAUGCAUUUCCAGUCUGUCACUCAUCGCGGACGGACGACAAAGCUGAUGCUGUUGUUCAUCUUUUCUGACUGUUCACUUGAAUGUUGAAAGAUAAAAGAUGAACGUACUUGGAUAUGUUACCGUCUUAAUGUAUAGGAUAUUACCUCUUUUUAUCAUUUUUCAAUCUGCUUUUUGUAAAACAGUAACUUUAAUCAAUUCCACGCCACUGUUCGGUAGCGGACUAACUCUUCUAAGGUGUCUGGACACUAGUGAAUAUUAUACAGCUUCACAACUAGAAAUCAACCGUUCUUACGAUAAUGGAUAUGGACUAGAAUUACCAGCACCCUCAACGUUUGACCACACUGAAGGUGUCGGCAGUGUGAUGGUACGCUGGGGUGGGGAUCUGGGUGAUAGUAGAGUUGGAGCAUAUGAGUGCUCGGCGAUUGGUAGUGAUAUUCGAGUGCAGACUAUCAAAUUAACAUCAAAUGGGAUUGUCUCACCGUUGAAAUUAUCGAUGACAGUCAACAAAGGAGAUCGCGUUGAUAUUGUGAUGAAGCAGACUGGCCAAACAUCUGAUCAAAUCGUAUGGAGACGAAGCAAUUUAGAACUGCAUCCCUCCGAGAUCAACGUCAGUGGGGUCAUGCAGACGUACACCAUCUUCAGUGCAAAUGUUAACGAUUCUGGUGUUUAUGAAGCCUACCCAAACAGUAGCCGAUCAUCGGGAGCAUCAACUCGACUUAUUGUCAGAGAAUGUGAGGAUGGGAAAUGGAAUCCCCCACUAUGUGAUCAGGCAUGCGUCGAUUGUUGGAAUGGAGGUGUUUGCGAUCAUACGACUGGGGAAUGCAUUUGUCCGCCAGGAUUCCGGGGCGUCAACUGUGAGAUUGCAUGCAAAAGAAAUUUCUUUGGGGCAAAGUGUGAUUACGAAUGCCCAGCCGACGGUUGCCAGAAUCGGCAGUUCUGCCUUCAUGAUCCCUAUGGAUGUUCAUGUGCUAGUGGAUGGAAAGGUCUGAAUUGUGAUCGUGAAUGCGAUGACGGUUUUUUUGGACCUGAUUGCAGCCAGAGUUGCCUACUGUGUAUGAAUGGCGCUGGUUGCGACAAACAAAAAGGCUGCAUAUGCACUGAACAUUGGACAGGACCUACAUGUCAAUCAGAAAAAAUCUCAUUUACUUCAAGCCAUACAACAGUUAAUUCUCUGGACCAAACAAGAGUCGUACUAAGGUGUACUUGCCACCUUCCCGCCUCUCAAUGUCCUGAUCUUAAUAUUAAGCCAAUCGGUGAGGAUCUUCCCCAGAUGUCUAACGCUGAAGAGGAAAUCUUCUCAGGCUUUACCGAUUAUGCCUUUACACCCUACGGUGUAAACGGGGAGUUGAGAUUCGUCUGCAUGGCAAACAGUACAUUCACUGUACAUUCACUUUCUGUCAACGUUAUUGGCAACAAUCCGGUUGCAGAAAUGGAGGACGAUGAGGUAAACUUAGGUGAAAGUGGAAGUCUGAAUUGUCAUGUCGAAGCGGGAAUAAACGUAGAUGUGUUAUUGUUUUCUCCUACUGGAAAUGUAAUUGAACCAUCUUUUGAAUACUCCAAUAUUUACGGAUUUAAUAUAGAUGAUGUAGAUAUGUCAAAAAAUGGAAACUAUACGUGUAAGGUGACGUCUUCUGGUGGAACGACUGAGGUCGUGGCAGAGCUUCGAUGCAAAGUUCCACCAGUUCCACAGAAACCGCCAUCUGUCCUGAGCAAUGAAGACGGUCUUUUACGAAUUGACCUAAAUUUUGAAGAAUAUUCAGGUGAUGGACCAAUCAGAGCUAUACUCCUUUACUACAAGAGAAGUCUGUCAAGAGCCGACUGGCAACAAUACUUAGUCGAAGAAAGUUUGGAAAAUAGCGAAAUUGUUCUGACGAGUGUGCUACUUGAAUAUGAUACGGAAUAUGAAUUUUGCGUAGCUCUCAAAAGGCCUGGGCCUGGUGGAGAAGGAAGAAAAGGUCCAUCGAUGAGAGCCACAUUAAGCUGUGAAGAACCAUCUGUAAAACCUGAAGUCACUUUACAACCAGUGAGCGAAGAUACAAUUAAAGUUACAUGGAGUUUCGUGCCUUCUCACAAGAACAUGAUCAUUACAGACUUCAUUAUUUCCUACCGACCAUCUGGAUUGAGGAGCUGGAAAGAAAAAAUUGUUCCAAAAACAGACGUAAAUCAAUGUUUGAUUACUGGUCUGCAAAUGGGCACACUCCACUACUUCAGAAUGUCAGCAGUAAGCUGCGGGGGAACUGGUCCGCAUUCUACAAUGCAAAGUGUCAAAACGGAAGAUGGGGCCCCGGGACCUGUACAGAAUAUCAAAGUCUUUGUGGAUUCAGACGACAGAAUAAUCGUCAAAUGGGAUGCACCGACUGCUAAAAACGGAAAAAUAACAGCAUAUAACGUGACCUACAUUGAACGAAGAUCCGGAACAGUUAGGUCCAUUAAUACACACUUGCAGACUUACACUUUCAUAACCAAUCUGAAUCCAUAUACUAAUUACAUUAUCAUGGUUAGUGCCAAGACUACGAAGCUAGGCAAAGUGUCAACUGUCAACGCUACGACACAUCAGACUGCGCCAAGUGGCCCUCCGAUGAACAUCACUUACAGACUGUCAGAAACAGAUUUUAUUUUUAACUGGAAGGAGCCUAGCGAGGAUAAAAAGAAUGGAGUUAUUAUAAAAUACCGUUAUGAACUGUACGAGGGCAAAACAUCUGCUGGUACCAUGGUGAAAGAUGCUUUGACAACAAACCGCAGAGUAAUUUUCAAACAAUGGGAGAAAAAUAAAUUCUAUACAUUGCGUAUUAGGGCGUACACAAUAAAGGGCGAUGGACCAUGGAGUAAUGAUUUCAUUGCGUUAACUACACCGCCUUCGAGUACACAGAGCCCGGCUCUACCGACAAGUUCAGUUAAAAUAGGCUUGCCACUGGCGCCUGAAACAGUCAUUACUGACACGCAAAAAAACACCAAUUCUAGCCUGCAGGACAGAUUAGGAAUUAUCGUUGCUGCAGUUAUUGUCUGCAUUAUUUUUGCUGUUAUUAUUAUUGGUCUGAUGUUGUGGACAUUAAACAUGCGCAAAUCACGUCGUAAUAAUGACGACUUACCAAGCGUCACCUUACAACAACUACUGAGAGAAAGAUCGCUAUCCAACGAAUACAACGAAACUGUGGUGGCACAACGCUCCCCGGGAAUUGUCACCCCUGGUAUGUUUACAUUUUCAAGUACGGGGUCACCGCCCCUAUCACCAGGUCCAAUGUCACCAACAUGCAAAAGCCCGUUGCCAAUACUAUCACCCAAGGCAGAGUACUACAAGAUCCCUUGGGAAAAUAUGAUACUGGAGAACUUUUUGAUUGCUGAAGGAAACUUUGGUCAAGUUAUGAAAGGAGUGGUAAAGAAGGAAGGAGCUGCAAUACAGGCAGCUGUAAAAAUGUUGAAAGAAGGUGCGACCGACAAUGACAGGCGAGAUUUCUUCGGAGAGCUGAUGAUAAUGGCAAAAGUAGGCUACCAUCCGAAUAUCGUCAACCUUAUUGGAGCAUCUGAAUAUCAAGGAAUAUUGUACGUGGCCACAGAAUUUGCAGAAUAUGGAAACUUGCUAAACUACUUACGGAGAAGUCGGUGUCUGGAAACUGACCCAACUUACGCAAAUAAAACAAACUUAGCUUCGACUCUUUCAUCAGAGAACCUGCUCCAGAUCGCAGCAGAUGUUAGUCUUGGAAUGAAACAUCUGUCAGAGAAGGGGUGCGUACAUCGCGACUUGGCUGCAAGAAAUAUUCUACUAUGCAAUGCUGACUGUGGCCAGAUCGUGGCUAAGGUGACGGAUUUCGGUCUAUCAAGAAGUGAGGAAGUUUACGUAAAAACCACAGCAGGGCGACUGCCUGUUCGAUGGAUGGCGAUAGAAUCUAUAAAUUACAGCGUAUAUACAACGAAGAGUGAUGUGUGGUCGUUUGGGAUUUUAUUGUGGGAGAUUGUUACACUGGGCGGUACUCCAUAUCCAGGCAUGACGUGUGCAGAACUUUACGAAAAACUGCCAAUGGGAUACAGGAUGGAAAAACCACUAAACUGCGAUGACGAAGUAUAUGAAAUUAUGCGCCAUUGCUGGAGAGACCGACCUCACGAGAGACCAACUUUCGCACAAUUAUACAUUGCAAUAAAUAGACUGGUACAAGCAACCAAGGUAGGUGAUCUGAUGUAAUUAAUCAUUCACUGUUAUUUU